AUGGCUGUUGACGAUCUCACGGCAGACACCAGGCCGCCGAAACAUGCAAGGGACUCCAAGGGGACUGCCAAAUGGGUGCGACACUGUAAGCACUGCGGGAGUCCUGAAUGCAAAGGCCGUUGGGGUGUUACGUACUGCUCCAUCCUCAUUGCGGAGAAUGCAGCACGAAACUUGAAUCAAGUGCAAGACAAUGAGCCAGGACCUUCGGCCAGUAGAGGAUCUCAGACGGCGUUCGAGGAGAUGCCACAGUGA